GUUUCCCGCCCUCUGUGAAAGUUAACAUCACGUGACAGCCCAAAACGCCGCAGAAGCCUAGCGCAGGGAGUUAUGGGUAACUGAUGACGUUUAUUAAACAAGUUACUCUACACCCCUUCGCUUGGUUUUUGUCCGGUGGGAAAGUGUUUCAGCUGUUUAACAGGAUUGCAACCAGAGAGAAGUGUGAAUUUGCUCCUCAAGAUGGGAGCUUUGUUUUCUCGUUGGAGGACCAAGCCAACGACUGUAGAGGUUUUAGAGGGGCUGGAUAAGAAUAUACAAACCCUCGAGGAGCACAGAGAAAAAAACCAGAAACAGCUGAAGUUAUGGGUUUACAGAAUACUUUUAUAUUCAACCCUUCUGUACCUGUCAGCCUGCAUAGUUGUAUAUAUGUGGUAUAUCCCUGAACCGCUAAUGGGGAAACUGAUAGUGGCCUCACCCUUUCUAAUAUUUCCACUUCUUGUAUGGCUUCUGAGAAAACUAUUAAUUAUCUUAUAUUCAAGAAGGAGAGAAAGAAAUGUUGAAAAAUUAGAAGAACUGAAAGCUGAAAAAAAGAAAAUACUGGAGCAGGUGAUGGAGACUGAAACCUACAAAAAUGCCAAACUGAUACUAGAGCGUUUUGAUCCGGAUUCUAAGAAAAAAAUUGAGCUGGAUGCUACACCAAUUGGACCUUCUUUAACUCCACGGCAAGGUCAAGACCUUCGUCAGAGGCAUGUGACUCCUCGUCCUCCUGUUCCUGUGACUCCAAACCCAGUAGUAGCAGCACGUCCCCCUACUGGCACAACUGCUGCUCCUGCCCUGAUCUCAGCCCCUGGUGGGCCUCCAGAAAGAAACCUGUCUACUUCUGGCCAGCAGCAUAACCUGCUGAGGAGAAAUGCUUCCCCCACAGGUUCCCCAACCUCUGGUAUUGGAAUGCAUCCUCCUGGACCACCACUGGCACGGCCUGUCCUCCCUCGAGAUAGAGGAGCGUUGGACAAGCUUAUUGAGUACUUAGUAGGUGAUGGGCCUCGGAAUCGGUACGCCCUAAUAUGCCAGCAGUGUUUGUCACAUAACGGCAUGGCAUUAAAAGAGGAAUUUGAAUACGUUGCAUUCAGAUGUGCUUAUUGCUACUUCCUGAAUCCUGCCCGGAAGACACGCCCCCAGGCUCCACAACUCCCCGAAUUUAGUGAAAGCAAGACAAGCCUAGGACCAUCUGCUGUUGCUUUGGAGACAGAACAGGGUGCACACACGUCUUCCCAAGUUUGUUCAGCAGAGGAAAAGUCCGAGUCCUUUGGCCCUGAAAAGGAGGAGAAGUCAGGUGAGCAUCAGGCUGAAAGUGAAACUGAGAAACCAGGACCUCUAGAACCACACACCAUUCUCUCUGACUCUUCUGAUAAACCGGACUCUGAACAAGAUGUAUCUGCUAUGGAGGUGGAAUAAAGAAUAUCUACAAUCGUAACCAGUUCUUCUGGAAGUGUGUGAAUUUUUUCUUUUUGUAAUGUAUAAUGUGUUUGGGAGUACUUAAUUUGGAUCUUUGCAUUACUGUUUUUUUUUUUUUUUGUUUGUUUCUUUUAACUGUAAUCUGAAGUUUAAAGAAAUGCCAAUAAUUGUGCUUAAAAGCCUGUUCUUUUUGUGUUCAAAUAUGGGGGUUUUUUUGUUUGUUUGUUUUUAUGUUACAGUUACAUUAAAUGAGUAACAUUUUGACAGUUUACAAGUUUUUAGUUUGGGAUGUGCUUCCAUCUGUCAUGAAUUCACAGAGUAGUUCCUUUAUGAGAAUAAUGCCUUUUAAUAAUGCCUUUUUUCAGAAAGCAAAAUUCAUGAAUACUGUUUGACAAUGCAUUGAACCUAUUUUCUACAAUGUGCAAUAAUGCAAAAUGUCUGCUCUUCUCAGAUAAAUGAUAUUUAAAGAUGUUUACACCUUUUAUUACAGUGCCUUAUUUGAAGGUAUUCAUUUGGUUUAUAGUUUUCUAUGUACCUGCAUUCAGACGGGUUUUGUGUUUACACAGAUCAAGCUAGUCAUUAAAACAUCCACAGCUAUUUAUUUAAUAAUAGUCUGAAUAGCAGUAUUAUAUGUUCCUUUUCUAUUUAAGUUUUCUGUAAAGAAUAAAUAGUAAUUAUUUAAAUAUUA